AUGCAUGCCAAAUAUGUAGCGGCCAACACCAAAAGAUUAAAUGUUCACAACCACAAACGAGCUCGUGAUACAAGAAAUCUCCACACCAGUAAAGUGGGACAAACUAGAGUCCAUAAUGAAAAACGCCGUAUUGUUAAUCCAACUGCUGCAAAUAUGAGAGAACUGAAAUGGAGCGAUGAAUUGGCAACUGUAGCUCAGAACUACGCUAACAAGUGUGUGUCAGGACACAAUCCAUACAAAUCUGAUGAGGCUGAAAGUUUUAAAAGAGUUGGCGAAAACCUUUACUACUCGAAAUAUGAAGCAACACCCCGAAAAGCAGUAGAGUAUUGGGACAACGAAAAGAAUUCUUAUGAUUUCGGUACCAACAUCUGCACCCACGAAAAAACUUGUAGCCAUUACACACAGAAAUGGAGCGCCGAGCUGGCCAUUGUAGCUCAGAACUAUGCCAACAAGUGUACAACAGAGCACAACCCAUAUCGAAAUCAACAAGCAAGUUUUCAAGAAGUUGGCGAAAAUCUUUACUGGAAUACUGCACAGGUCUCGCCUUCAACGGCAGUAGAUUCUUGGGACAACGAAAAAAAUUACUACAAUUAUGGUUCUAACACCUGCUCUCCCUCAAAAUUUUGUGGUCAUUAUACUCAGAAAUGGAGCGCUGAGCUGGCCACUGUAGCUCAGAACUAUGCCAACAAAUGUAAUGCAACAGUCCACAACCAAUUUCGACACCAACAAGCUCCGAGUUUUCAAACAGUUGGCGAAAACAUUUAUAUGAAUACUGCUCAGGUCUCACCUUCAACGGCAGUUAAUGAUUGGGACGAUGAAAAGUUUUACUACAAUUACGGUGCUAACACUUGCUCGUUCGUUUGUGGUCAUUAUACUCAGGCUCACAACAUGUUUCGACGUAAUGUCGAACCCACAGCGUCUAACAUGGUCGAGUUGCAAUGGAACGAUGGGUUAGCGAAGAUGGCAGAUCGUUGGGCGAGAAGAUGUCAAUUUGUUCACAACAGUAGGAGAAAUAACCAAUCAAUGUUCAACUUCGUCGGAGAAAACCUCGCAUAUAGCUCUGACGACAGGAAGGCGGACAGCUACGUACAGAUGUGGUACGCUGAGGUCAAGGAUUAUACCUUUGAGACAAACGGCUGUUCCGCCGAAUGCUCACACUAUACACAGGUUGUGUGGGCCACUACUGAAUAUAUCGGCUGUGGGAAGACGUACUGUGCUAACCUUAAUGGGUUCCUAGUCGUCUGCAACUAUGCUCCAGCUGGUAACUAUCCUACACAGCCCUACAGGAAUUGCCAGCCUUGCAGUAGAUGUCCUGAAGGAUACAGCUGUUCUGAUAGGCUGUGUAGGCCUCCAUAAAAUUUCUCUUUAUACAUAUAAUUACUUCUUUUAAUACUGUAUACAGGGAAAUGUUCGCCCUCGUUAUAUUUUCGCCUAUUUUACCCUAGUUGUUCAUAGGCGAAUUUUCAAAUUAACUUUAAGACUGGGCGAAUUCCAAUGUAUUAAAGACAUAUAUCUUUAAACACAACUUCGUUUUGGCGAGUUCAAGACAGGGCGAAACCGUUUGAGAGAAGGGCGAAAAUAACACAGGCGAAAAUAACCCUGUAUAUACAGUAAGUGUACAACUGUGGUGUAUUCAGAUAUUAUUUGAAUAGUUAAAUCCAUGCCCCUAUCCAUUUAACUUAAAAUUGCUGGAUUUGUUUUUAUAAGUGUGAAUGAAUAUUAGGUAUCAUGCCUUGUUUUUGCAAGUGUGAAGAAUGCAUAAAUGUUGGAUCU